UAAGAAAAAUCGAGGUCAUUUGGAGGCGUAUGAAUGCGUGAUUAAGUCAAGAAGGAGACAUUAUCUAGCGUCGACUGAGGAGUAGAGGAAAAAAGCAAACGGUUUAUAUUUUAAGGCUUUGGUGUGAAGCUCCCUGGUCAAGCGACGGGCUACUUUUACGGUCCAAAUGGUCAACGUAAUAUGGGAACCGAAGCAUAAGACUUUACGUUUCUAGUCGGCCAGGGCAUGUGGGUGGUAUUGUUGCUGACAAAAGCCGGUUUCUAGUAAGUUCUAUGAUUUGGGUAUAAAACAAGAGGAAGCCGUUGCUGAGUAUUCCAGAAGAUAGUGAUCUUGUAUUUGUGCUAAUAUUGCUUGUUUGAUUACAUAAUUAUUUAUUCUAUCAAAGUAAUUUGCUGGGACGUGCGAUUUAAUAGUUUACUCUUGGUAGCUUCCAAUUCGUUACUGAUCAGUGAAGUUAUCAAUUGUAUAGAGACCCUUUACGAGUUGGUGUGUUGUUAUGGCGAAGUGGGGUGAAGGAGACCCUCGAUGGAUUGUUGAGCAAAGAGCCGAUGCAACCAACGUGAAUAACUGGCACUGGACAGAACGUGAUGUUUCAAGUUGGUCUACAGAAAAGCUUAAAGAGCUGCUCCAGGCAGUUGUGGUAAAGAAUGAAGAUGGAAGUUGUGAGGUGUCUGAGGUCAGCAGUCUGGACGGGGAAGCAUCCAUCAAUAAUCGGAAAGGAAAACUAAUUUUCUUCUAUGAAUGGACCAUCAAAUUGAAGUGGACAGGCACAUCACAGAAUGGUGUAAAAUACAAAGGCUUUGUGGAAGUCCCCAAUUUCUCUGAUGAAAAUGACAUUGAUGAAAUAGAAGUAAAAGUCAAUUUAAGCAAAGAUGAACCUGACACAAAACUUCUAGCGUUGAUGAAAACAGAUGGUGGGAAGCAGAUAAGAAAAGCUCUUGACCAUUAUGUUCAGACACUUAAAACAGAGUUUACUCAAGGUAUGAUCUUGCCAAAAGCAAAUGGUAUUGAAAAUGAAGGCAUUCCAAAGGCUGUACCAAAAGCGGAUACUCAAAAGAUUGUUACAGGUGUCCCAUUACCUAAAAAGGUUCCAGUAGGAGUAAAAAUACCAACCUGUAACUUGAAUUUAAGAGAGAGCUUCCUAACUUCUCCAGAAGAGUUGUACAGGAUUUUUGUGACACAAGAGUUGGUGCAAGGGUUUACACAUGCUCCUGCAGUUGUAGAACCAGACAAAGGUGGAAAAUUUCGAUUACUGGAUGGGUCUGUCGUUGGCGAAUUUCUUGAGCUGAUUCCUGAACAGAAGAUUGUUAUGAAGUGGAGGUUCAAGUCUUGGCCUGAAGGGCAUUUUGCAACAAUCACAUUGAAUUUUAUUGACACAAUGGGAGAAACAGAGCUUCAUGUUGAAUGUAAAGGUGUGCCAGUCAGUGACGAAGAGCGAACUAGAGAAGGCUGGCAGCGGUAUUAUUUCAGUGGCAUCAAAAACACAUUUGGAUAUGGAGCAAGGUUGUGUUAGCAGUUCUGGCUUCCCGAUGCAUUUCUGACUAUUAAAAUGUUGCAAACUUGGAAACUUUAUUGUGCCUUGAGGGGGCAGACAUGGGUGUAAUCUGACUGGAUUAAGUUUAUUAAAGCACUGCAGACAAAUCCUACAUUAUUGAGCAAGGGAAAGAGCUACACUAAAGUACAUAUGGGCAGUACGGAAAGACUGACCUGCAUAUGUUAAGAAGUUAUAUUUGUGGCAGAAGAAAAAUAAUGGAUGUUCAGUAAUCGGAGGUUUCUUCCUUGCUUUUAACAUGUUAAAUUUUCAGCAGUUCAUAUUACAUAGUUCCCUUUCACAUUUGAACUGCAGAUCAUGUUGUUCAAAGCUGGUCACUAAAACUGAGGAAUGCAAACUGAACUUUGAACUUUCUUGAAACAUUUGGGCAGAAUGGGAGUCAGCCUUAGGGAGGUUAUGUAAAUGGAGCUGAAUUUUAUCUUAUUUAUUUUUUGUGGUCUUGUGUUUGUUUAAAAUAGAAAAUGUUAUUCUGUUGUUAGAACAUUCAAACUCAGAAUAAAAAGCUGUCAGCAGAUUC